GAGAGAGAGAGGCAGUCGUGUGCAGGCCCCAGUAUAGUGUGGAUGCAAGCCGCCCUGACUCUCUCUCUCUCUCCCCGCCGCCUCUCCCUCCACUCCCUGCCAAAUACCACUUCCCUGCACCCUCACUAAGAUGGAUCUGCUUCCCGGACUGAGCGAAACGUAACGACAAUGAACGAAGGGAAGUGAGACAGGACCAGAUUGAAGACACGGGGAAAAAAGACAGAGAAAGGGGAAAAUAAAGGGAAAUAAACAAAUAGAGGGAAAAUUGUUGGUCUGGGAAAAAAGAUGCUGGGAAAAUUGAUAAAGGGAUUGUGAUUAGAUUAGUUAACGAAGAAGAGGAAGAGGAAGAGGAGGAAAAAGAAGAAGAGGAGGAGGAAGAAGAGGAAGAGGAAGACGUUGAAAAAAAAUAUUAAGAAAAAAAGUAGAAAUUUAGAAGAUUAAGCAAGAAAACAACAACAACAACAACAACAACAACAACAACAACUACUACUACUACUACUGCUACUACUACUACUACUACUUCAAAAUGUAUGGAAUGUUACUUAAAAGCGUCAUGUUCUUCGGCCAGGCGGAAUACGGCAACUAUAUGUGGGAAAUGAUCAAGGAGGAGGCGGGGUGCAGGGGGAUGGAGUUUCACAAUCACCAGAUGUACUCAGACACCAUCUUCAGGAGCCUUGCAACUGCCUGUGCUAAAGUAACGAAGCAGGGAAGCGUGGAGGAUUACCUUAGAUUCUUCGGCAGGUGUUUCGUGAGGUACUGUCAACACUACAGGUAUGACAAGAUGCUGAAGGCGACAGGGCGUCAUUUUUGUCAACUGUUGAAAGAGAUGGAUAAUUUACAUUCGCAGAUGAGAUUCGGGUUCCCCAAGAUGAAGUCCCCGUCAAUGGUGAUAACUGAAUACGACAUGGAAGGAGCGUUAUUGCAGUACAGAUCCUGCCGCCCUGGUCUUUCCCACUACCUCAUUGGCCAGCUCCUUCAAAUAGCCCAGGACUUUUACCGCCUCGCCCUCAGCGUGGAGAUACUGACGGAGGAAGCUGACGACGUAUCCUUCUGUACCACCUUCAGAUUAGAAUUCAACAACCGCGGGUAUGUGAAGGAGAUGAUGGAGAGAAGCACAAGUUUCAAGCAGAUCUAUUCUACCCAACUUCUCUCUCGGCAAGCUGUUCAUGCUGUUUCCCUUCGGCCUGGUGCUGGACCCCUCACUGCACAUCCGCCUCGCUGGGGAGAGAUCCUGCAACUGCUGGGGAAGGAUCUGCUGGGGAGUGAAUUUCUACAGCAUUUUGUUGUGCAGCGUCCCCAGGUCAACUUUUCAUGGGAGGCGGUUCAGAUGUUCGAGAACGUGACGUGGGAGGUGGAGUCCAAAAAGCUUCCUGAACCAAGCACGAGAACCAACAGUCUGGACGCCAUGCAAAAUAUGCCUCCCCCAAGACGCGGGUCAAGCCAAGCACCGUGGUCAGGCCAACAGUCCUCUCUUCACAACUGCCGGGGCCUGCUGUUGAAAGGACAGAUGUACAUUAUGAAGGAGCUGAACCUUACACUGUUUCUCUGCAUGCCUCUUCUGAACAACCUGGUGGAGAUGCGGGAGACAGGACUCUACCUUAACGACCUUAGCAUGCACGACCAGAGUAGAGAGAUGGUUAUGAAGGGCUGGGAACACUGCUCGAGGCUGCAGAUCACAUACACGAAGGCAGAGGAGAACGCGGCAAGGCUGGAGGACGCUCACCGAAGACACGAGGAGGCCAAGGCGAGGGGCGACGACCUCCUGUACUCUAUGCUGCCCCGCGAACUGGCUGACAAACUGCGGCAGGGGGACAAUCCGUGUGAUACUUGUCAGAAUCUGGAGGAAGUGACAGUGUUAUUUGCAGAGUUAAUUCUAACACCUGAGAGCGAGACACUGGGAGCGAUGGACCUCAUGAGAACCGUAAAUGAAGUGUACGAGAUGAUGGACUGCAUAACCGAACAUUACCGAGUGUUUAAGGUGGAGACAGUGGGAGGCGUGUACAUGGUGGUGGGCGGGGCUCCUCAGUACAGGGAGGACCACUGUAGCCAAGUUGGGCGUCUGGCCUUGCAUAUGAUAAGAGAAGUAUCCAAUGCUGGUCAACAUUGCCUCAGAGUAGGUAUGCACGUGGGUCCGGUGGCAGCUGGAGUGGUGGGCAUGAAGCUUCCACGGUACUGCCUGUUUGGUGACACUGUGAACACCGCCUCUAGAAUGCAGACCAAUGGCAAGGUUGGAAAAGUACAUGUGAGUGAAAAGUGCGCGGAAAUUCUACAGAAGUUUCAAUUUGAAGUUUCUUUCCGGGAGAAACUUUAUAUUAAGGGCAAAGGCGAGAUGAACACCUACUGGUUGGAUGGGGAAGGCAACUGUCCCACGACCCCCUUUCCUCCCACCACCACCAUCACCACCACCAUCACCCCGACCACCACCAUCACCACCACGGACUCCAGCUAGACACACACACACGCACAUACACACAGGAAACACACAAGCGAAGAAAACAGAAUAAACUUCUCGUGUAUAAUUCUGUCCGUCCAUUUUAUGUACGUAUUUAUCCAUGUACGUGUGUGUCCGUGUGUACGUAUGUAUCAAGGACACGUACAUAUACUAUAGAGUGUGUAUAGAGAUUAUAUAUAUAUAGAUUAGUAUGUGUAUAUCUGUAUAUGUAAGCAUUUGUGUGUGUGUAUGUAUGUAUGUAUUUUUUUAGGUCUAACCGCACAUGUACGUAUGGCUGUGUGUGUAUUUGUGUGUAUGUGUGUGGUGGAUGAAGGAGGUGGAUGAAGAGAGGUAAAGAAAGAUAGGAAUAGGGAUAAUGAAGGAUAAAUGGAUGAAAGACGAGAUAAGGAGGAGGAGGAGGAGGAGGAGGAGGAGGAGGAUGGGUGGAUAAGGACAAGAUGAAUGAGACCCCGAAGACUAAGAAGAAGAAGAAGAAGAAGAAGAAGAAGAAGAAGAAGAAGAAGAAGAAGAAGAAGAAGAAGAAGGCCAAAAAGAAGAAAAGGAAGAAGAAGAAUCAAAAAGAAGAAGAAAAGAACGAGAAAAAUGAACAACAACAACAACAACAACAACAACAACAACAAACAAACAAACAAACAAACAAACACAUUUAAAAAAAAACACAAUCAUGAAAAAAACUAUACAAUGAAAAUAAAUAAAUAAAUAAAUAAAUAAAUAAAUAAAUAAAUAAA